AACGGCGCUUAUACACAAGUUCAUUUGUUGUGUCUGUGUGUGUGUGUGUGUGUUGUCGCAAUGUUUUGUGCAAAGAAUUGCGUUUUGUUUAAAUCGCCCUGUGCCCUGUUCGCGGCAGUGACCCUUUCGCAGCUGUGACGCCUUCCCUUAAUUGAUACGACGAUCGUAUUAUUUGUGUCACUGGCGAAAAUAAGCAAUCAAACCUAAGCAUGUCACACUUUCAGCCGGCAGUACUGUAAAAAUUGCCACAAGUGAUCUGCAGAGGCGGAGGAAAAGUUUCUCUUUGAAAUGGCCACCAGGAAAAAAGCUCUCUUAAAGGUGAUCGUCCUCGGAGACAGCAGCGUCGGCAAGACGUCACUGAUGAAUCAGUAUGUGAACAAACGGUUCUCCAACCAGUACAAGGCGACGAUCGGUGCGGACUUUCUCACGAAGGAAGUGGUGAUCGACGAGCGCGUCGUAACGAUGCAGAUUUGGGAUACUGCCGGCCAGGAGCGUUUCCAGUCGCUGGGUGUGGCCUUCUACCGUGGCGCGGACUGCUGCGUGCUGGUGUAUGACACGACCGCUCCGAAUACGUUCAAAAAUCUGGAAUCAUGGCGAGAUGAGUUCUUAAUACAAGCGAGUCCCCGCGACCCGGACCACUUCCCGUUCGUAGUCCUCGGUAACAAGAUAGAUCUGGAAAAUCGCGCUGUGUCUACAAAGCGCGCCCAGCAGUGGUGCCAGGCGAAGAACGAUAUUCCAUACUUUGAAACAUCGGCCAAGGAAGGCAUUAAUGUGGAUCUAGCGUUUCAAACCAUCGCCAAAAAUGCAAUAGCCCAAGAAAGCGAGGUUGAUCUGUACAACGACUUCCCCGAUCAGAUCAAACUGAACACUCGCGACAACCGGCCACGAAACGGAGACAACUGUUCGUGCUAAUAUUAUCGAAUUAGUAAAAUUGACCGUCACCCUCCAAAUACACCAGACAGCGCCAGUGUGCCAACACUGGUGUCCGCAAUAGCGAUAAUAGCGUCAACACUAGUAGCUACUGCAACCGCUGCCGUACCAGCGAAGAUACUAGCAGUCGUAGCAGCGGCGGUGCUGAUCGUGCUACGGAAGACGAAAUCUUUCCCAGCCGAAAAAGGACGACUAAUUUCCGGAACCACCCGGACAGAGUCGAAACCUAUAGUUUGCUAUAUUCUAAUCCGAUGUACGAUUAGCGUGUUGCUGUAGCUGCUUAACACCAGCGUAAACAUGAGUAACGGCAGUGAUCAUAACAUUUCUGACCGUGCUUUUUUCUCUUUCCGCAUACCGACGGCGAGCGGUCAAGGAGUCAUUUUUCGGCGUUAUUUGCAUUAUCCUAUCCAUUGCAUUCAUGUUGCACGCUGCAUCAGGCGUUAGACUGUUCAAGCAAGCUCGAUGAUGAUCAGAGGUUAGGCCGUUUCGUUUGCAUGUUGCCUUUAUUUUAUACAAACACAAACUGCUUCCUGAAUCAUCAUUUACAAAAAAAAAUGUGUAAAGGCUUAUUAGAGCGCAGCCACCGUUCGCAGAGGUUCGCUUGUUGUGCUUGUAACGGUCGCUUCCACCAGACAGCCAUUAUUAGAUAAUGCAAACACACCUAAUAUGGAUUGAGCACGCUCCGACGAAUGAAAAAGGGUAAACUUUAGUUCGUUUCACUGUUCGGUUGCACACCGGCAGCUACUGCCCACGAUUAUUGUCUAGAAACGGCAACGGGCAAGUUGUACAGUGGCGUUGGAAGACGAUAGGUACUCACCUAUCGUACACAAUGUUCUGAAAGAUUCGCAACGAAGAAUCGGUGAGCAAGAUCAAAUUAAAAUCACAAAACCGAGGCGCAUUGAACCGUACGAUACAAAACAGUUGACUUGCACCGAACAAGUUAUGCUCGUCACUAAAAUCAUAGCAAAUUAAGUGGACGAUGAUGGUGUCUGGCAGGAAGGACAUUAGGACAUCAAUUGAAGUGAACAAAACAAUGGAGGGUGAAGAAGAAAUGUGUAGAAAUAGUAAAGCCGUAAUUGAUAAUUCUAUCGAACAUUAUGCAUAUACAUAAAUAUUAAAGAAACAAAUAUUAUAUCUCCUAGAGAACCGAAACAAUAUUAGAAAAAUGUUUUUUUUCCUGUUUCGUCCUAUGAGUCGAUUCCACGUGCCGGCAAAGAAUCGAAAUGCUGGUGGCCACAUGUUUACUAAAACCAAUUCGUUCCAUACUUCUGCGUGCAACCGCGGUUCGCAAGCUAAUAUUCUAAGUUCUUAGGAUUUUCUAACAUGUUUUGCAGCAGAAUACAUUCACAUACGGCAUUUCGCCGGAUUCGGGUGGGAGUGCAAUUAAAAAAUCUCAAUCAGAAAAGCAAAAUGCCGUACUUGCACCGUCAUGAUUCCGAAUAGGUAGUGAAAGCAGGGCAAGCAGAAUUGUCUCAGCGCUCCUGGCAAAACGAAUCUCGGAGGAAGCUUCGUUUUGGCGACGGACAAACAUUCGUAAACUUUUUAGCUAUGAAAAACGAAAACGUGAUCGGGUAAGAUGAUGCCGUGUUGGGUACAGAUAAACAAAACAAACAUUGUAAAUGUGGCAGAUUUAACGAUAAAAACAAUAAACCUUUAUGAUAAA